CUUCUCUCUCUACCUCUUCCUCUCUCUUCCAUUUGUCCUUCGACAGCGGCAGAAAUAACCAGAACCAGCACGCGUUCAUCUGUCUCAUUCUCUCCUCUCCUUCACUCCCUACUGUUGCUCCUCACUUCCCUUUCGUUCUUCGCUGGACCAAGACACGACCGACGGCGAACGGACGAAGACGACUCACCGACCCGCUUUCGUCUUCUCCCGUCCACCGCCGCCGCGUCAUGUCGAAUUAUGCUGCCUAAAAGACGGGUUUUUUUUACUCGUAUGCGGCGAAGUUAACCAGGUAGGAACUAUCCAGUGAUGGUUGAGAUGUGGCGUUGGAUCACCGGAGGAGGAGGAGGGUGCCACUUCUCCGCCCUCUUCUACUCUUCCCCCUCCAAGUCUAAGCUCACGGUCGUCUCUUACUUCCUCCUCUUCAUCCUCGUGGUGGCCGCCUCUAUCUUUGCCUUCUCACGCCUCCCUCUCAACGCCGAUCCCUCUGCUUCUUCCUCUCCGCUUUCUCGCUUCUUCUCUUUGCCUGCGGACUCUUCGCUCUCCGCGCCGCCGCCGGCGUCGCCUUCCCCAAGAGAAGAUGCGGCGGUGAGCGAGGGUUUGGCGGAUCCGUUGCUGGCGAACCGAGGAGUUAGUUCCGAGAACGAAAAUGGCGGUGCCAAUUCUUCUUUUUCUUUGGAAAAGGGCGAUCUUUCCCCCGAAAUGCCGUUUCAGGGCUUGGAUAGCGCCACAGUGAAUUCCACCAAAAAUAGUACUUUGGUGCUUGCCACCGACAAAAACAGUGAUGGGAAUUCCUCUGGUGAACUCGUAAGGGUUAUAUCCAUUCCCCCAGAGGCCGCCCCCUCCAACAGGACGACUGGUUGCGGAGGAAACGGCAAAGGUAAAGGUUCUUGUUUUGAAGGGCGGAUUUCUGAGAAGAGCGGAACUGAAGACCAAGAUCUCCAAAUUACUCAUCAACAGCCUGAUGAGAAGAAUCGAACAGAUGGAGAAAAGAUUAGCGGUUUAGUCGUGAAGACUCCUCCUCCUCCUCCUCCUCCUAAUGCAGCCGCUACAAUCCCUGUCGUUGCUGAUGCUGCUGCAUUAAUAAGGAACGAGUCCAGUCCUCCUGCCGAGGUGAAGGCUCAGAGCGGCCUCUCUGCGGAAUGUGACAUAUUCGACGGGAGGUGGGUGUGGGAUGAAAGUAUUGAACCCUUCUAUCCUCCUGGAUCUUGUCCUUACAUUGAUGACGACUUCAAUUGCCAUAAGAAUGGGAGGCCAGACACUCAGUUCCUCAAAUGGAGAUGGAAACCUUACGGUUGUGACGUUCCCAGGUUGAACGCGACUGAUUUUUUAAGAAGAUUGAGAGGCCAAAGGUUAGUUUUUGUUGGUGACUCACUUAACCGCAAUAUGUGGGAGUCUCUAGUUUGCAUUCUUCGCAAUAGCAUUAGCAAUAAAAAUAGAGUACAUGAGGCUUCUGGAAGAAAACAAUUCAAGAUCAAAGGCCGGAAGAGGUUCAAGGUCAAAGGGCACUAUUCCUUCAUAUUUGCGGAUUAUGACUGCUCCAUCGACUUUGUCAGAUCAACUUUUCUAGUAAAAGAAGUACUAUACAAUAAUGCUAAUGGAUCCGAUUAUGAGAGGCUUAGAUUGGAUAUUUUGGACGAGACGGUUGCUGCGUAUCAUGGAGCAGAUGUUAUAGUUUUCAAUACUGGUCAUUGGUGGACUCACGAGAAGACUGCUAGAGGAAAAGACUAUUAUCAAGAAGGCAGUCAUGUAUACCCAGUGCUAAAAGUUAUGGAAGCUUACAAGAAGGCCCUCACCACUUGGGCCAGGUGGAUUGACAAGAACAUCGAUUCUAGAAAAACUCAAGUUGUUUUCAGAGGAUAUUCGCCAACUCAUUUCAGGGGAGGACAGUGGAAUUCAGGAGGGCAGUGCCACAAAGAAACUGAGCCAAUCUUUAACCAAACUUUUCUCUCCAAGUAUCCCUCCAAGAUGAGAGCUUUGGAGUAUGUCCUGAAACAGAUGAAAACUCCAGUUUUGUAUCUCAAUAUCAGUAGGUUGACAGAUUACAGGAAGGAUGGGCACCCUUCCAUAUACAGAAAACGAUAUGAAUCCGUGGAAGAACAAAUUGCUGCAGAGAAAUCGCAGGACUGCAGCCACUGGUGCUUGCCUGGUGUGCCUGAUUCAUGGAACGAGCUUCUCUAUGCUACUCUGCUCGUUGCUGGUAAAGGAUCAUGGGGAAGACAAAAAUAAGGGAUGUCAACUGUAUUCAUUAUUAAUUUAUGACAUGCAAUCUAAUGUUGAAAUGCGUCAGAGUAAUAUUAUAUAAAUGUAUUCUUUUUUU